AAGAAUGUUGUGAAGAGUUGCUGAAGUGUUUCUAAUUACAGGAUAAUUGGGAUAAUCAAAAUCACACACCGAUUGUUUAUUUCAAAACAUCUCAUAAAGUUAUUGAUAGAAAAAUUACUCGCUAGAUGAUUGCAUGACAGGAAAUUUCCCACAACAAAUCCAAUACACUGUCGCUUGAAAAUAUCAAUACGGGUUAGGAAAUUCUUACUGUGAGAUUCCUGUUUUCUUCCAUAUUCACAGCUCACUUCGCGUCGGAAUGGCUUCUAUGAGUUUCGGUCAGCAACGGUUCAUUCCCACCCCACCGGACAAGGGCAGCUUCCCGAUCGAUCACGAGGGCCAAUGUAAGAAGCUGAUGAUGUACUAUAUGCGCUGUUUGCGCACCAACAAUGACAAUAAUUCCGCCUGUCGACAGGAGUCCAAAGCUUACCUGCAGUGCCGCAUGGACCACAAUCUGAUGGCGAAGGAAGAAUUCUCCAAGUUGGGUUUCGAUGGAAGUGAGGAACAGAAAAAUAGCGAGCAAAAGUGA